AUGCAUGCCUCAGCGCUCCCAAAAUGGAAGGACAUGCCACCAGUAAAAGGCGAGAGGCACGGCUUCGCAUGGGGCCUCUUUGACAAGGAGGGCAUCAAGGACGAGCUCGGUACCUUGAACCUGCUGACACCCGAGACCACGCUGGCCGCCAAGGACGAGAUUCGCACGGGCAGGAGUGUCGCGCUCAACUGGGGACUCGACAAGGUCUCGCAGGAAGCGUUUGGCCGGUCCGUGCUCAGGCACGAGCUGGUCAACUGGCGUGAGAAGGAGGCGUUUCCUUUUUACUCGUGGGAUGACGAGAUCAGUAUCAACACACAGACAGUGGGAUGGUUUACGUGGGUUCCCGGACUCUUUGCGCCACGUGACGACCAGCUAACGAAGUGCCUUGGAGGCCACUGGGGCAAUUCACAUACAGGCAACUACUACAACGGCUGGCACCACGACCAGGUGACCAAAGGCCCACAACUCGGCAUCGAAAACUGGACCAAAAAGGGCGGCAUACUCGGCCGCGGCGUCCUUCUCGACUACGUCGCCCACGCAGCCCGCAACAACAUCUCCUACAGCCCCAUGUCUGACCACGCCAUCACCGUCGCUGAUCUCGACGCCAUGGCUGCCCAUGCGGGAAUCUCUUUUCGCCCGGGAGACAUCCUGCUCCUCCGGAUGGGUUGGACCAAGUGGUAUGAUGAGCACGGCGACGAGGAUCGGGCCAAGUACGUGGCCAACGCCUAUGCCUGGGCGGGCGUCAAGGGCUGCGAGGAGACCCUCGAGUGGUUGUGGGAUCACCAUUUCGCGGCGGUGGCGAGCGACAACAAUGGGUUUGAAGUGGUUCCAAUGGAUGAUAACUGGCGACUUCACGACUUCUUGCUCCCAGGAUGGGGCAUGCCGAUCGGGGAGAUGUGGGAUCUCGAGGCCCUCGCUGCGGAAUGUGAGCGGCAGCAACGCUGGACGUUCUUCCUGACGAGCUCGCCGCUGAAUCUGCCUGGUGGGGUGGCGAGCCCGCCGAAUGCGCUAGCCAUAUUCUGA